AUGGAAAGUGAAUAUCCACAACCUAUUGAAAAUAUUCUCGAAGAUAAAUUAUUGUACGGCUACACCAGCACGCUUGAAGAUGCGCUUGAUGCAGUUAAACAAUAUGAGCUUCGUACAACUACGACAUUCACAAUAUACAAGAAGACGAAAGCAUUUGGAAGUUCAGGUAGGACACCACUCCACGUGUUUGCAGCGCGCAAACAUCAUAUUUAUUAUUUCAUUUAGAUCAAUCUUUAUUGUUUACUUAACGAUCAAAACCACUAAAUUUACUUUCUAUUUGUUUAUAAGCAAUCUUAAUGACUAAGCUUGUAUAUUUUUGCACAUUUCCCUUAAUAUUUAAACGGUAAGAAUAUAGUUGUAGUUCUUCAAAUUUAAAUGAAUACCGUGUUUAGAUGAUUAUGUAAAGUUACGUAAAUACCUCAUGCAUAUUGAUACGCUUUCUGCACGCAUCGUGGUUGAUAAGUGUAUAAGAUAACUUGUUGAUUUACAAUCAAACCGUUUGGGAAAUUUAUCUACAUAUAAAGGAAUGAAAGAGAUAUUGAUGACUGAAAAUUUAUCUACAUAAAAAGGAAUGAAAGAGAUAUUGAUGGUACAAGCCACAGUAUAUAGACAAUCAAACCGUUUGGGAAAUUUAUCUACAUAUAAAGGAAUGAAAGAGAUAUUGAUGACUGAAAAUUUAUCUACAUAUAAAGGAAUGAAAGAGAUAUUGAUGGUACAAGCCACAGUAUAUUUCAUGAAAUUCAAAACCAAACUGACUCAGUGAGGAUGGAUAGUAUUUGUCAGCAUGUCAUAUACAGAUGGUACAUAUUUUUGCAGUAUACAGUAGGCGCACACACCCUACUUUAUUAUUUUACACUCUCUCACACUAGAAAUUUUUAUUUGCCAAAGGUAGUAUAGAGCCUUGAACAUUUAUACCGAAACUAUCUGCUAAUGUGUAAACCAUUAAAUUGCAGAUGGUGUACCCAAAUGUGUCCAGUGCACACCCUCACCUUAUUAUUAUACCAAGUCUAAUAACAGAUGAUUUUACUAAUUUAACCCAUUAAACGGCAGCUGGCACUCUCCUCUUGACAAGUAAACUCAUCUGACAUUAGACAAAGUGAAAUGAUAAAGUAGGGUGCAUUAGGAUUCGAUGCGACUACCUGGGUUAAGGACCUAUUGUGCAUCAUCUUAUGUUUAUAUGAGAAAAUUUCAUCCUGCUAAAUUUAAGCUGGGUUGAUUUGUUUUGUUUUUUUUACAGUAUACUUUAUUCUUACAAUCAGGUUAACAAUGCAUGUCAUCUAUAUUUUGUGUUAAGGCGUAAAAAAAAUACCUGUGGUUCCGGUUCCCGACCGACCCUAUUUUUUUUUCUGCCGACCCUAUUAUUUUUUCAACGCGAUUGACUGUGCAACCCUAUUUUCUCCAGGUGGUUGCGGGCUGCUCAUACAGGCGUCUGUUGUCACAUUAAUUAUUGAACCAAAUUGCCUAAAUUCGUCCAUAGGAAAUACGCAUCUCUAGUUAAUAUUGAUGUCGGGACUCUACUGCAAAUUGCCCAGCAAAAAACCCCGCCAAAACCAUGAAAAAAAGAUUUAAAAAUAAAUUUAUUUCCGACCUACCGACCCUAAUUUUUUCACGCUAUAAAACCGGAACCACAGGUAUUUUUUUAUGCUUAAGCUAAUAUACAUGUGUUUAUAUGUGGGAUAUUUCAAUCCCAGUAACUAUCGCCAGUUUUAAGUGAGGUUUUGGCAACAGAUACUCCAUAUAAACACAAAGUCAUCUACUAUAAAAAUAAUUGCACACUAAGAUCUCCCUUACCUUAGGGUAACAAGGAUCCAUUUAAGCAGCUUUUAAUUAAAAUUAAAAGACAGUCCAUGUCCAACUUUAUUCCAUUGAUAUGUUUUCUAGAUAUUGGCAAAGCUCCACACCGUAUACAUUGCGAGGCUAAAGUUGGUCCGCAUGGAGUUAUACCAUUUGAUGGUGUCCCUUUUUAUGUGGUGUGAACACAAAUUAUGGAGUGCCAACAUGGCAUAGAUAGGAAUUUGUAUCAGAAAAGGAAGCAUGCAUCCCAACAGGAGGUAUGUAUAUUGUCAACAUGGCAAAGCCAGCCAUGGCAGUCAGUCAUGCCACACCAAUGAAUACUACUGGACUUAAAAUCUUAAAUAGUCUAAAGGAAAUAGAUUGGUUAAUUACAUAAUUGAAACUUGAACCCCUCCCGCCUUCAGAUGUCCCAAUACACUUACUAUUAUCAGAAACAAAGUUUUCCCCCUUUUCUGGAAUGACCCAUUUCUAUAGGUUUGAAUUAUUUACAUCACUAACAAUUUACAUACUGUAGCAUGACUUGAUUUUGCUAAAGCUGGCUCCCCUAGCUGAUGGCAAAUCACAUGUUAACCCAACACACCUUUGGUAGAUUCCUUGAUAGAGAUUUUAUGCUGCAUGUUUACAAUUGUGAAUAUGGUGAAUAUGUAAACAUUAGCAUGUGGACUUUGUAUUCAAGACUAGACGUUUUUGGAAGCACGAUACUAAAAAAUUAGACUGUCCUGCUGUCAUCCACAUGAAGGAAGUUGUGAAAUUUAUUGAUUACAAGGUAAGUUGCACCUUAAAUGUGAUUAGAAUGACACAUUUAUCAGGGUUCUGUCCACAGUAGACCAGUACUCAAUAGUGCAGUCAUAGGUGUAAAACAAUAAAAAGUGCUACAAAUUGAAAUUGACAUCCAAUUGCUGACCAUUCAACAACAAUUAUUAGAAGUUGUCUGUUGUGGGAGUGGUACUGGCUGCUAGCCAUACAUAAGCUCUCCCACCGACAUGCUUACCACUCUGUAUAAGCCUCUCAAGAAUGGUUACGAACAAUAUCGGGAGGUUUACGGUACAUAUAUGAUUUGGUUGAUAAUAAUUCACCUUUUGUAGAUUCCACUGGAUUCGAAAAAGAGCAAACGUGAUACAACUUCAGCUGCAAUUAAAGUUGAUACUGAGAAAGGACCUUUGAAGUUUGAGCGUCAAAUCUAUGUCAUGUUUCCUGAACCAAAUGAACACACAACACACAAACUUGGGCAGGUAUGUAAAAAUCAGAAAAAAAUGUUACAUUAUUAUACCAUACCUACAUCUAAAAUGCCCUUUCACAAAUAAUGCUGUGCAUGGGAGCGCCAAAGGCCGAAGUUCUACCAGAGCUCCAGCACUUUUUCUCCAGCUGGAGCAAGAGUUGCAGUGCUUUCUUCCAACUCCACUUGAAAGGUCCAAUAUGACAUGAAACGUUCUAAAAUCUCAAAGAAUUAUCGUUGAUUAUAAGUUUUGGCAGCAUCAAAUAUAUGAACAUAUUUUCAUGUUUUAAAAACAAUUUCACCAUUUUUGGCUACUGAAAACAGCUUGCAGUAUUAUGGUUUUUGUUAACAAAUCGAAUCAAUAAGCAUUAAGUACAAAACUGAAUUUAUAUCCCCUGGCUCUGUUGUUGUAGCUUGGAGGCAUAAUGCAAAGAUUGGACGAGCAACUGAUUCAGAAAAUAAAUGAUCUUGUUGGUGAAGGGGUCCGAAAUGUUGGCGAAAUGAAGAGACACUUGAAAAUCUAUGUAAAAGAUGAUUUGUUCCGCGGAAAAAAACAGCCUGAAAGAAACAAUCGGAGGUACUUCCCAAAACCAAAAACAAUAAAAAACCACAUGUAUAAUGCUACAAUUAAGUCUAGACUCUCUAUGAUGGAUCAAGACAACGUGCAACAGCUUGCUGACAAAUGGAGGGAACAGCAUCCUAAUGAUAAGUUUUACUAUCGGCAAUAUAAAGAAGGCAGUGUUGAAAGUGUACCAAACAGCAUUGACAGUGAUGUAGAAGAGGGGGGUGAGGAUAAUGAAGACAUCGUUACAAAAGCAAAGAAACAAAAGGAAAGACUUCUCUUCAUUCACCAAGCAGAAUGGCAAUCCAGACUGUUAUUACGUUAUGGACAGGAUCUUGCAUUUUUGGAUGCCACGUACAAGACAACAAAGUAUUCACUGCCUUUAUUCUUUGUUGCUGUAAAAACAAAUGUGGACUAUAUUAUUGUGGCUGCGUUUGUUGUGCAAGACGAAACAACAGAGUGUAUUUCUGAAGCACUAUCUGUGCUAAAAGAAUGGAAUCCUGACUGGCAACCAAAAAACUUUAUGACCGACCUCUGUGAGGAAGAGAUAAAUUCUUUGGAGUCUGUUUUUCCAGGUACAGUACUACGGGUUACAUAAUUAUACAAGACAACUGUUGGUGGAUGGAGUGCCUAUGUAAACGAAAAGCUUUCUUGAUAUCUCAUCACAUUCUCAAGUUAACACACUUUCUAUAUUUUGAGUUGUGAUGUCACAAGUAUGACUUGAGAUGAUGGCAAUAACAAGAAAGUCUGAUAUCUUGGUGAGUAUUUAAUAAAAUUCAAUGAAACUUGGUACACUUAGUGGAUGCACCCGUACGAAUAUUUUUGGCAUGUUAUGUGGUUGUCAUGGCAACACACUAGUCCCCAGUCUCCUCUCUUCCUUUUCACAAAUUUCUUCCCGUAGACAUCUUGCACAGAAUGUUUGCAUGUUAUAACGGUUUAAACUGAUCACAACACCUAGACGUAUUAUAGUAAUAAACGAAAAUUGCAGAAAUUGCUAUUUAUUUCGUUGGAAAUGGAUCAUAUAGAAAUAGGAAUUGGAAGGGAAGGGACUGGGAAUGAGUGUGUUGCCAUAAUAACCAUAUAAACAAGCCAAAUUGUUGGCUUUGUUGUACCCACUAAGUGUGCCAAGUUUCAUUGAAUUUUAUUAAACAGUCACCAAGAUAUCAGAUGCUCUUGUUAUUGCCAUUAUCUCAAGUCAUACUUGUGACGUCACAACUCAAAAUAUACAGUAGAAAGUGCGAUAACUUGGGAAUGAGAUGAGAUACAAAUAAACUGUAAACGUCAUUCUUCAUCAUUCCAGCAGUACUUUAAAAAAAAACCAAUAAAAACUGAGGUAAAAACUUUAUUGCACAGGCACUUUAUACUUGAUGAGUACACAAAUUCAUCUCUGUCUUUACACAAUUAAUGUAAGAAAAUUAAACUGUUCAAGGCUUUGAAUAAAUUAUGGUGUGCUUUGAAAAAAGUAUCUACAUUUCCUGUAUUGUUUGUCAUUUAGAAUGCAAGGAGCUUCUGUGCGAUUUCCACCGUGAGCAGGCUUGGGAGCGAUGGACAUCAAAAAAAGACAAUGGUGUAUCUCAUGUGCGAGACAUUAUCUUGGCCCACAUGAGACAGAUAGCAAGGUCUAGGACUGAAGCAAUGUACACAAAGGCACUUGAAGCUUUAAAAAAGAGUAAAGAGUGGGAGGACACACCAAAUUUCCAGAAAUAUUUUGAAAAGAUCUGGCUAAAACAUAAAGAGGUGAGGAAAAUAAAUCUACAGUGUGUCCAUAUUUUCAUGGCUAUUUUAUUGGGAUGUUAUCUUCCACAAACUUCCUGUGUUAUUAACAAGCAUGUAACUGCCUUGAAAUGAUUAGCAUAUAUAACAAAAGUGCAUUUUGUUGCCAUGCAUCAUGUGCGCGAUUUAUAAAUUGCCCAGUUCUGAGGGAAAUUAUUCAGAGAUUACUUUUAGUGGGGCGGAUAAGUGAAUUAGUGAAAGUAUUCUUCAUUUUGUUACGAAAGCACCGUAGUGACAGGAUGUGCAGACUUUGACACAAGUAUGAAUAUCAGAUAUGCACGCAUUUGUGAAAUUAACGCUAAUAGUGAACAAAAUGCAAUACUAAAUACAAUUUUCCUUUUCAGAGGUGGGUGUGGGCAUACCGGAAAGAACGUCUGCUUGUAAAUGUUGGGACCAACAAUGGCUUGGAAAGGCAAAAUGGUGCUUUCAAGCAUCAGUAUCUGCAGACUUUACGGAAGCAUUCACUCAGUAUGAUGUUAAGGAUACUAAUCGAGGAAUUUCUUUCAGAUAAACAUGAAGGGUAGGUAUUUUAUGUACUGUUAUUACACAUUUUGUAGGUAGAUAAAUGUGAAAAAUUAAUCAUAAAUUGACAAACUUAAACUAACCCUUGGAGAUACAACGACUGCACAUGAAAAUACAUGUAUAUAAAAAAAGUCUGCUCAAAACGUCACAGUUCUUUAGAAACUUUUCAGGUACAGUAGUUGUAUCUCCUAUAAAGAUUGCUGCCUAUACCCACUGUACAGUAUACACUGCCACUGUUUGAUACUUCCCAGGGAACCUUUCUCAAUUGGCCUGUACCCUUGAUUUCUUACAACAGGUAUAUUGGUGCAAAUACGGAGUGCUCAACUGCCUAUUAAAGAUGUAACAAACAAAUUCCAGAUUUCCUGCACAAUCGCCCGAAUUACCUUCUAGAACAUUGCAUGAAGAGACUUGUAUAUGAGGCAGAAGCUAAAAUAACAGCUGUGAAUAAAACAAGUGGUAUUUUUACGGUCAGGAGUGAGAGUAGUGAAGGUGCUUACAAUGUGUUUUCUUCAUCCCCUGGAGAUGAAAGCAUUCCUAGUUGCGAGUGCUUGGAUUGGCAAAGGAACUAUCUCCCUUGCAAACAUAUGUUAGCUGUCAUCAUGAGUGCUGACGGAUGGAGUUGGGAAGAUCUUCCAGUGGAAUAUCAAGAAUCUCCAUACUUGACCUUGGACAAAGAAGUUCUUUUUCAAAAUGUUAAUGACAUGGAACUGCCCACACUUGUCCAAGAACAGGAGUUAUGUAACUCUUGCAACAUGCCACCUCGACCCAACACAGGUGUGGAAGGCGCACAUAACAGUUGUAGCAUGACUGAGACUCCUUGUUCCAACAAAGAUUCUAUGAGUGCACCCACAAGUACAUCUGAAAUACCAAAAAAAAUAUAUCCCAAACGAACACUUGUGACCAGAUGUUGUGAUUUAAAGGCAAACUGA